AUGAAACCGACACUCAGGGACAGAAUAGUAGCCGCUCAGAAAGAUGAUCCCUUUUUGGAAAAUAUCAAGGCUGAUGUAAGAACUGAGAAGAGGAAGGGAUUUGAAAUAGCCGAAGACAAAACCUUGAUAUUUAAGGGUCGAUUGUGCGUGCUAAAGGAUGAAGCGUUGAGAAAUGAAAUUAUGACUGCGGCUCACUCAACUCUUUACGCCGCCCACCCAGGUGGAACUAAAAUAUAUCGAGAUUUGUGUAAUACAUUUUGGUGGAGAAAUAUUGAGGGGAAGAUAGCUCUAUUCGUGUCCAAAUGCAUGGUUUGCCAACAGGUGAAGGCUGAACAUUUGAGGCCGUCAGGACUGUUGAACCCCAUGGACAUACCUCAAUGGAAGUGA